AUGAUACCGCUUCGCCCGUUACAAAUUGGAGCACUAGUCUUUGCAGUAAUCGCUUUCUUUGUCACAUUUGCUGCACUUUUAACUCCCGCAUGGCAAGUUGUGUACGCCAGAGAGAUCCAGCAAUGGAUUCAAAGUGGACUGUGGCUGAACUGCCAGACGAGGUAAAAUUAAUAAUUACAAGAUUAACUUAUAUUGUAAAACAUAAUAAACUUUGUUAAUAUUUGAGUUUUAGACCUUCUGGAAUGUACACUUGUACGUACAGCUUCUCGGAACAUGACUUCGACUUCUACACGAGUGCAGAGACUAUCAACUUGAGGACACCUCCGUUCUACCGUAAGAAUUUUAACAUUUUGUAUUUUGAAAUAGUUUCUUUCAUUUAUAAUUUGUUAGUUUGGUUCAGCUUAGUUUAAAUUAUACAAUGUUAUGUCUGAUAUGAUAUCUUCUCACGCAGCAUGAAUUAUAAAUGAUAUUACUUUUCAGCAUGGCAAAGACACUUACUGGCAGUGUUCCUGAUAGCCCAGUUGAUCACGUUCUUCUCCUUCUCAUCGUUCUUUUGCUCACUUAGUCAAAAAACUCGACGAUUAAGUGCCAUUUCCUUUGCUGUUCUGGUUUCCAUUACGUGUAAGUUCGUGUACAACCUAAAUUAAAAACUUUUAAAUUUUGAAAAUAUUCUUAAAAUUUUUUUGAAGUAAUACCACGUUAUAUUAAUAUUUUCUUAGUUUUAAUCCAUGCUGGAGCUACGUUGGCGUUUGCCGUAUUCACACAAAUGGUAGAAUACCGUUUUUACCACGUUAGUGUCAGUGGAAUAUACGAGGUAAGUGUUGCCUGUAACAAUGUAAAUACAAAACUUACAGUACUGUAAAGAAAAUUGUAAUUUAGAAACACUGGGGAUACUCGUUUUACAUUGAAAUGUUUGCCAUGGCGUCUUUGUUCAUCUCCAUGUGUCUGGCCAUCGCGUAUGUGAUACAAGAGCGUAUGAACAAGGAUAGUAACAAUGACUACCGCUUGGCUACGGCAAACACAGCCGACUUCUACGGCCUCGACCCCUACGAGACUAGACUAGCCAUGAGAGAUCUGCCAAGUGUGCCACGCUAUCGAUAA